AGAAGGAGCGGAAGAGGGAGUGCUUCCGGCGUAUGUGAAAUUAAAUAUCAGGGUCAGGGUCGCAAACAGACUAAUAAUGUUUUCUGUGAAUAUUCUGCGGAGAUUCCGACCCUGUGUUGUUUCUCAGUCCUUUAGUAACAUCCACAUUUGGGCCGUGCGGCGAGGUGCGCCGUUUGACGUGUCGUGUUUCAGAGGAGAGGGCGGGAACCAGCUCGCGUCACAUACGAGAAGGUCGUUCCUCAACAUCAACAGCGAGGUGCAGUCCCCCUGUUUGUCCACCCGUUGGCUCUCCACAACGACCCACAGUGAGGAUGGGAACCUCAUUUACUCUGGCAGCCUGGGCAGUACUGUUCGAGGGGUGAAGCUGUUUUCUUACAGCACCAGCGGGGCCAGCCUCUUUCUCAUGCCCCAGAUCCUCCUGACGACCGGAAUAGUAGUCCAGAACUUCGUAAUGAAGGCUGCUUUCUGUGGAGUCAUUGGAUUUUUCACCUUCUUCACUCCUGUCCUCCUCCAUUUCAUCACCAAGGGCUACGUGAUCCGCCUGUACCACAACCCAGACAGCGAAACAUACACUGCCAUAACCUACAGCGUCUUCCUCACUGAGAAAAAGAACGUGUUCCACCAGAGGCAGGUCAGAAUCCCAGCCGUCAGCCAAAUGUUCACCACCUUCUACGCUGACAAAAUAGGGCUGCUGGUAAACCCGGACAUGUUCGCCCUCCCAAGUGACUAUAACCACCUGAUGGGCUACGAUAAGCCCUUCAGCUUCAACACAGAUGACAUAGAUACACCUGAUAAGAGCUGAAACACUGACUGCAAACCCGUUAAAGGUGGUGUUAGUAUAUGAAUUAUGUCCACAACUCAAAACAGCACCGUACAUAUACUCACAUUUCUACCAGGGUGGAACAUCCACGGAGGACAACCACUAUAAUUUCUCAAUUAGAUUUCCAAAAUUUUUGUCAAUAUUUUGAAGGAUGUUUCAUGUUAAUAAAUUAUAACGUCAUUAUCACCUGUUA